AUGUUUAUUAAAACGCAGGUUGCUCAAUUCGCCUUUGUCCGAUGGUUCGUCGACAGCCUGGACCUGCAGCCAAGCGUCAAUGCCACGAAGAACACUUGGAACGCAGUGAAGUUGGCCACUCGAGAGAACUUCGCCAAGCUCCCGUGGAUGGACCAAUCAACAGCCAAAGGCGCCCUCGAGCAUGUUGACAGCAUCCUAAGCGUCUUGCCCUUGCCGGAACACCUACAAACUCACGAAGCCCUCGAGGUCUUCUACGGCUACCUCGAACCGGACGAAUCGCAGCCGUUUAUUAGCUGGCUGAUCAAAACACAGCAUCGGCGCCUUGAAGAGCAGAAGCGCCUUCUUAUGGAAGACCCCACGGUGGUCAUUCACCGCGAUGACAUUCUGUUCGAUUCAUUCACUUUGAACGCGUUCUACUACCCGCUCUACCACAUCAUGGUCGUUCUGCCGGCGUUCAUGGCACCGCCAGCGGUUUCUCAGACGGUGCCAGUGGCGGUGAACUACGGUGCCAUCGGAAAGACCUUGGGACAUGAACUGACGCACGCUUUCGACCCUUUAUUUACCACUUUGUCUAGAACCGGCGAAGCCACCACGUGGUGGUCAGUUCAGUCGUUCACCAACUUUCGCAGUCGGCUAGACUGCGUCAGGCGCCAACUGAAGAAUUACACUGCGGACGAAGUGUACAGCAAGAACGCGCUCUCGGAAACAUUCGCCGACACGGCCGGAAUCGAGAAGGCCCGGCUCGCCUUCGCAUCUCUAACGGCGCAGACGGGCAUUCUGGGAUACACACAGGAACAGUUGUUCUUUAUCGCCGGCUGCUUCCAGUUCUGCUCGGAGGGUGCGUAUGUUUGGGGCAUCCAGAAGCAGUACCCGCCGUGGGUGCUACGGUGCAACUUACCAGCCCAAAAUGAGAAGCGGUUCGCGGCAGCGUUCAACUGCCCCAUCGAAGCCGCGCUGAACCCUAAAAAACGGUGCACGUUCCACUCAACGGAACGCGACUAA